AUGUUCCGGCAGUACAAAGGUAUGAAGGUAUAUAGCUUCUGCCUUAAAGCUUAUAACAUUACAACACCUAAUAGUCUAAAACUAUUUGUCACCUUCCUAAACUGGUUAAUAGUGGCAUGGAAGAUCCAUUUGACUUCUCCAAAGAGCCCUGGGACAGUAGAAGAAAUAGGUCAGCCCACUGCAGACCUAGGCAUGGUCAUGGACUGUGUGGAAGCAGGAGACAUAACGCCUCCUACCAAAAGGAAGAGCAAGUUCUCAGGCUUUGGCAAGAUCUUCAAGCCCUGGAAAUGGCGGAAAAAAAAAAGUGAUAAGUUCAAAGAGACAUCAGAAGUUUUAGAGAGAAAAAUAUCUAUGCGAAAACCGAGAGAAGAGCUGGUUAAAAGAGGGGUUCUGUUGGAAGACUCUGAGCAGGGUGGUGAGGAUCCAGGGAAGCUGAGCCAUGCCAUGUUAAAGAAUGGCCACACCGCCCUCAUAGGGAGCGCCAGACCUUCUAGUCCAGUCCAGGUAGAGGAGGAGUCGGAAAGAAUAGCAAGUCUUAGGAAGCCUGUUCCAGAAGAGGAGCCGAAGAAGCGACUAGGCUCCACUGGAAGCCAGCCUCAUUCUGAAGCAGAAUUCAUCCCUGAGAGUGUACCCAAACAGCCUUUACUUCCCCCUAAAAGACACUUGUCCUCUUCUCACGAAGCAAAUGAAGGGCAAGCAAAGGAUGCCACUUCCUCUGGCAGCUCGGCAAGACCCAGCUCGUCUGCCUCCACCACUGCCAUCACCACAGCACCUGCUGCUACCAUGGUUGCCACGAACCCGGCAAAAACUGUCCAUUCCUCGGGCCCCCCUUCCCAAGCGCCCAGGACUCUGCCCGCUGCUCCUGCCAGCACUACCACCACUGCCACCCUGAGCCUUUCUCACACAGGCCCUGCCAAGCAGCCCCCUAUUCCACCCCCAAAACCAACUCACAGAAACAGCAACCCUGUCAUUGCUGAACUGUCCCAAGCAAUAAACAGUGGUACGUUGUUAUCAAAGCCAUCCCCACCUUUACCACCGAAGAGAGGCAUUCCAUCAGCCUUGGUACCCACCUCAGAGUCUGCUGCUGCUGCCACCACCGCCACAAAAGCACCAAGUGAUCAGAGAGAGAAGAGCACAUGCUCUGUGGGCUCUGAACCCCUGCUGACGCCCUCCCCCUCCUCCCCACUGCCUACUCAUAUACCUCCAGAACCCCCUCGGUCCCCUCCAUUCCCUGCUAAGACUUUUCAAGUUGUGCCAGAAAUUGAGUUUCCACCUUCCUUAGACCUACCCCAGGAGAUUGUCCAGCAGGAAAGUCAGAAAAGGGAAGUACCCAAGAAGAUGUUGGACCACAGCUUCGGGGAGCCCCAGGUGCCCCCUAGGCUGCCCCCAGUCCCGCUGCACAUCCGAAUCCAGCAGGCCCUGACCAGCCCACUUCCCAUGACUCCUCCCUUGGAGGGCUCUCAUAGAGCUCAUUCGUUGCUCUUCGAGAACAGUGACAGCUUUUCUGAGGACAGCAGUACCCUGGGUCGGACCAGGUCACUUCCCAUCACUAUUGAAAUGCUAAAAGUUCCAGACGAUGAAGAAGAGGAGGAGCAAAGCCACAUAUUUGCAUUCGAUGAAGAUGUAGCAUCUACCUCAGUCGUUCCUAAACUCCCGCAGUGUCUGCAGGAGGAAGAAGAAGGGAAAGAGAGUGACUCUGAUUCAGAAGGUCCCAUUCAAUACCGAGAUGAAGAGGACGAAGAUGAAAGCCAUCAUAGUGCUCUGGCCAACAAAGUGAAGAGGAAAGACACGCUGGCAAUGAAGUUGAACCACAAACCUAGUGAACCAGAAAUGAACAUGAAUUCUUGGCCUCGAAAAAGCAAAGAGGAGUGGAAUGAAAUCCGGCACCAGAUUGGGAACACACUAAUCAGACGACUGAGUCAGAGACCAACACCAGAAGAACUAGAACAACGGAACAUACUACAACCUAAAAAUGAAGCUGAUCGUCAGGCAGAAAAACGAGAGAUUAAACGUCGGCUCACCAGAAAGCUCAGUCAAAGGCCAACUGUGGCUGAACUACUUGCCAGGAAGAUUCUGAGGUUUAAUGAAUACGUGGAAGUAACAGAUGCUCACGAUUAUGACCGGCGAGCUGACAAACCUUGGACCAAACUGACCCCUGCUGACAAGGCUGCCAUAAGGAAAGAAUUAAAUGAGUUUAAAAGCUCAGAGAUGGAAGUUCAUGAGGAGAGUAAACAUUUUACACGCUACCACCGUCCGUGA